AUGGCUGUUGUUUGUUCCAUCUGCCAACCGACGGGACCGGGCCCCCGAAUCGUCGAGUUUCCAUUACCCCCAGAUUACUUGAUCGUGCAGCCCGCGCCAGCGCCAGUUGCGACCCCGAGAUGGCCACGGGACAGUCCGACCUGGCCCCAUUGGGGAAGUUGGGAAGGACUCUGGAUGAUGGGAAACCUAGUUCGUUUGGACAAUGCCCCGUUCCCUCUGACUCUUGCAGCUUGCGCUUCCUCUGCUUCUGCUCUACCCCAGCUUUUCGGUACCGUACCUUGGAUGGUGUUCACAACUCACGAUACUCUCACUCCCUUUUCGAGUCUCGACUUGCGUAACAACACAGUCUAUUCCACAGAAUCUAGCCACCCCAGGCCGGGGCCCCGACGAUCCAAAUUGAUGCCCCGCGAUCCCGCAUCGCCAUUACCAAAUGGAAAAGCCGUUGUAAAACACUGCCGGUCUCCAGAGGUCCUGAACCCAAGACUCCUCUCGUCACGCGGUCUGACAAGGCCUUUUGUUUCGUCCAAAUUCGAUUCUUCCCUCCUCCUUCCGGGAAAGUAA